AUGUCUUACGGCGGAAACGACAACGACAGCUACGGCAACGACAGCUACGGCUCGUCCAACCGAAACGAGAGCUCCUACGGCUCCGGAAACAACGACAGCUACGGCUCUUCUCGCCGUGACAACGACAACGACAACGACAGCUACGGCUCCUCCAACCGACGCAACGAGAGCUCCAGCUACGGCAGUGGCAACAACGACAGCUACGGUUCCUCUGGCCGUGACAACACCAGCUCCAGCUACGGUGGAGGCAACGACAGCUACGGCUCUUCCCGCCGUGACGAUGACGACGACAACAAGAAGUCCUCCUCAUAUGGUUCUAGCCGUGACAAUGACGACAGCUACGGCUCCAAGUCUGGCCGUGACAACGACAGCUACGGAUCCUCUAACCGGGACGACAACAAGAGCUCCAGCUACGGCUCCAGCGGCAACACCUACGGCUCAUCCGGCCGAGACAACGAUGAUUCCUACGGCUCCAAGUCUUCCUCUGGUGGCUACGGCUCCAGCCGCAAGGACAAGGACGACAAUGAUUCGUAUGGCUCCAGCGGCAACACCUAUGGCUCUUCCGGCCGCGAUAACGAUGACUCCUACGGAUCCAAGUCUUCUUCGGGAGGCUACGGUUCCAGCAACAAGGACAAUGACUCGUACGGCUCCAGUGGAAACACCUAUGGCUCCUCUGGCCGUGACAAUGACGACUCCUAUGGCUCCAAGUCUUCCUCCGGAGGAUAUGGAUCUAGCCGCAAGGACAAAGACGACAACGACUCGUACGGUUCCUCUGGCAACACCUACGGCUCUUCUGGCCGUGACAACGAUGACUCUUACGGCUCCAAGACCUCGUCUGGCGGCUACGGCUCCAGCAACAAGAACGAGAGCGACUCUUACGGAUCCAGCGGUAACACGUACGGCUCCAGCUCGGGCGGCUACGGCAGCUCUAAGCGCAACGACGAUGAUGAGUCCAACACCUUUGUGGACAAGAUCAAGGACAAGGCUGGUGACUUUAUCGGCAACAAGAUUUCCGAGAAGAUCAAGGGCAACAAGAACAAUGACGACGACUACUAA